AGUGAUGCUAGACGCCUGACUGGAGGCGGAUCCAGCCGGCCAGCUGCCUCUCUGGAGCCCAGCUCUUGGGCCCCCUGCACUCACCUGCUCUUCCUGGGCUGGCUGUCUCCUGCUCAUCCAGCCAUGCGGUGGCUGUGGCCCCUGGCUGUCUCUCUUGCUGUGAUUUUGGCUGUGGGGCUAAGCAGGGUCUCUGGGGGUGCCCCCCUGCACCUGGGCAGGCACAGAGCCGAGACCCAGGAGCAGCAGAGCCGAUCCAAGAGGGGCACCGAGGAUGAGGAGGCCAAGGGCGUGCAGCAGUAUGUGCCUGAGGAGUGGGCAGAGUACCCCCGGCCCAUUCACCCUGCUGGCCUGCAGCCCACCAAGCCCUUGGUGGCCACCAGCCCUAACCCCGACAAGGAUGGGGGCACCCCAGACAGCGGGCAGGAACUGAGGGGCAAUCUGACGGGGGCACCGGGGCAGAGGCUGCAGAUCCAGAACCCCCUGUAUCCGGUGACCGAGAGCUCCUACAGUGCCUAUGCCAUCAUGCUUCUGGCGCUGGUGGUGUUUGCGGUGGGCAUCGUGGGCAACCUGUCGGUCAUGUGCAUCGUGUGGCACAGCUACUACCUGAAGAGCGCCUGGAACUCCAUCCUUGCCAGCCUGGCCCUCUGGGAUUUUCUGGUCCUCUUUUUCUGCCUCCCUAUUGUCAUCUUCAACGAGAUCACCAAGCAGAGGCUACUGGGUGACGUGUCUUGUCGGGCCGUGCCCUUCAUGGAGGUCUCCUCUCUGGGAGUCACGACUUUCAGCCUCUGUGCCCUGGGCAUUGACCGCUUCCACGUGGCCACCAGCACCCUGCCUAAGGUGAGGCCCAUUGAGCGGUGCCAAUCCAUCCUGGCCAAGCUGGCUGUCAUCUGGGUGGGCUCCAUGACGCUGGCUGUGCCCGAGCUCCUGCUGUGGCAGCUGGCACAGGAGCCCGCCCCCACCAUGGGCACCCUGGACUCAUGCAUCAUGAAACCCUCAGCCAGCCUGCCCGAGUCCCUGUACUCACUGGUGAUGACCUACCAGAACGCCCGCAUGUGGUGGUACUUUGGCUGCUACUUCUGCCUGCCCAUCCUCUUCACGGUCACCUGCCAGCUGGUGACGUGGCGGGUGCGAGGCCCUCCAGGAAGGAAGGCAGAGUGCAGGGCCAGCAAGCACGAGCAGUGUGAGAGCCAGCUCAACAGCACCGUGGUGGGCCUGACCGUGGUCUACGCCUUCUGCACCCUCCCAGAGAACGUCUGCAACAUCGUGGUGGCCUACCUCUCCACCGAGCUGACCCGCCAGACCCUGGACCUCCUGGGCCUCAUCAACCAGUUCUCCACCUUCUUCAAGGGCGCCAUCACCCCGGUGCUGCUCUUAUGCAUCUGCAGGCCGCUGGGCCAGGCCUUCCUGGACUGCUGCUGUUGCUGCUGCUGUGAGGAGUGUGGCAGGGCUUCGGAGGCCUCCGCUGCCAAUGGGUCAGACAACAAGCUUAAGACCGAGGUGUCUUCUUCCAUCUACUUCCACAAGCCCAGGGAGACACCCCCGCUGCUGCCCCUGGGCACACCUUGCUGAGGCCCCAGCAGGAGUAGGGAGGGAGGGAGGGGCCGCCACCCCCGCUGGUGUCUGCUGUUCUUUUCCCAUAGGUCUCGCUUUGCUGCCUGUUUUGCUAUCUAGAGAUGGACUUGGUUCCUCUUGUCAAGGUUUGGGAAUGUCAAAGCCCCCUCCCCACACAAGGCCUUUCCUGUCCCUUGUGGGGCCUUCCAACCCUGUCCUUUCCACUGGUGGGCGGUGAUGCUUCUAGGUCCUUAGAACUGCCCAGAAACUUUGAGUCCCAGCAGCUGGGAGCCAGAACUUUGCCUGCCCUCCCUUGGUUCCAGUCUCUCUUCUCUCCCUCUGCCUUGGAACCUGACCAUACUUUAGUUGUGCCCUUCCCAGGCAUCAUCUUCCUACCACCAACCUGGAGCCCCAUCUUGGAAUGGGGGCUCCUUGGGGCCAGCCCAAUGUGGCUCACCACACUCCUCUUUUUUUUUUUUUUUGCGAUGGGGUCUUGCUCUGUUGCCCAGGAUGGAGUGCAUUUGCCUAUGUCAGCUCCCUGCAACCUCCGCCUCCUGGGUUCAAGCGAUUCUCCUGCCUCAGCCACCUGAGUAGCUGGGAUUACAGGUGUGCACCACCACACCCGGCUAAUUUUUGUAUUUGUAGAAGAGACGGGGUUUCACCAGGUUGGCCAAGCUGGUGUUGAACUCCU